AUGCACGGCGACCCUCCGCCCCCGUCCCUUGUCGGCCUGAUUUAUCCAGUCCCGACCGUUCCCGGGCCUGCUCCCCACUACAUCGAAACCCCGGCCCCGAUAGGAGGUGCUCCGACUACUCCCGGCACUGCGCCCGUAGAGGCACCUGUCUACUCGGCCCCUACUGGUGGCGAGGGCUCGUCCACCCCUGGAACCGCCCCUACUUACCCUGGAACGGCCCCGACCACGCCAGGCUCCGCGCCGGUGCAAGCCCCCGUCUACACGGCACCCUCACCUGUCUCUGGACCGGACAGCGCCCCGAUUAGCGACAUAGAGAGGUGCAGCAACGGUGUUUACGGCAUCGAGUCGUCCAACGGCAAAGCGUGCUGCGCGUUGACUUGCGGGUCUUGCGGUGGUGUUGGCUGCAGCGGGCGCCCGGGAGGGUCCUACGACUGCUGCGAGAGCGAAAUCGUGGAAGAGGGAGAGGCUUGCGCUGCAACUGGAGCGUCUCCUUGCUACAUUGACGGAGAUGAGGUGCUGGACCCGGUUGUUCCCUCCAUGUCCCCCGUGGUGCCCGAAGAGACGGACAUGCCCAGCGGCUUCGGUGGCGGCUCAUACUCGUACUCGUAUGACUUCGUUUCGUGGGACGGAGACAGCAUGGACGACCAGUUCAUGUGGUGCACCAAUGGCGUCCCCGGAAUGGAGUCUGCCGGGGGCGAGGUUUGCUGUCCGGCCGACUGCGGGCAAUGCGGGGGUGUGGGCUGCGGCGAGUUUGGCGAAGAUUGCUGCAUCACCGAGAUCAUGGACUAUGGGCAGCCGUGCUCAGAGAUCGGAACGGCUCCUUGCUACCUCGACGGCUAAGUCUACGGCUUGCGAAGAUGCAACGCGGCAGCAGCAGCAGCAGCAGCAACAGCAGUCAUGGCCGUGGUUGAAGCUGAGGCUUUCAGGAGCCCAAAGGCCGACCGCAUGCAUGCGUCGACCACCGGGUCGUCCGUCACCUAAUGGCCGUGGGAUUGCCAUCUGUCUUUCCUUUAUUCGUUUCAUUCUAAACGGUUUCUUCAUAUUGAGUACUUCGAUGUAGUGUUUUCAUACAUAUGCCCCCUGAAUCGGGGGAGGAACACCCCAAGGUAGCAGAGCUGUUGUUUCGCUGUCCUGGACGUGUAUCCUUAGUCCUGUUGUAAGAUUGCUCUUGACUACCCUAUCCGGGUACAUUUUCGGUUGUCCCGCCCCCCGCUUGUUCGCGUUUUGAAUUUUCUACGGGGCGAAGGUGCAUCUCGCAGCAGGUGUCUGGUAGCAUGUUUGCCCCUCGCACGAGCCCUGUGGGGAAAAGGCCCUCCGCAUUCAGUGUUUCACGAUCGCAGCGAAGAAACCGUGCACCGUCUUGUCGUGUCGUGUCUGUGGUGUUGUACGUCUGUCUGUAUCAACAACGUGCGUGUAGUGAAGAAAUGAAACAUCGUGCAAGGCCACGCAUUUUCGUGUUUUCGUGUGGGACCUGGUCAGACGGGCAUGAUGUUUGGCAUCAGAUCAGUUUCGUAUCUACAAUACCCUCUACUGGUCUGAUCGAUUGCUCUUGAGCGCGGGCCGUGGAGUAUCCAAUUAUGCGAUGGCGCCGCGUCUUUGCCCGUAAUAUCGAGGAGAGUUGUGGAACUGUGGUGGUAGCAUACGUCCAUAUUUUUUGCUCGUGAGGUCUGUUGAAUGGUGUAGAGUCUGCCAGGUAGGUAAUAUAACGAUUUUGAAUCAACUUGAGGACUCGCUGCAACUUGGAGCGCGAUAUUGCGUAGAUAUGUUGGUCGGGCGGGCAUCAUUUUUGCCAUCUUUCAGAGGAAUGAAUGGGUAUCUAGCCCUCGCCUUCCGGAUCGAUUUUCUUGAGCGUGGCCGCGGAAUCCAAAUAUGUGGUGGUGCGUCUUUGUCGGAAGUAUUGAGGAGCGUUUUGUUGUGAAGCUGUUGUGCGUCGCGUAGUCUACUCGUGGGGUCUAUUGUUAUCGCUGUUGUUGUUGUUGUUGUUGUUGUUGUUUUCUUUACAAUAAAAACGUUCCCAUCUCUCUAUCCAACACCUCCCAAUCAGUGACGAGGUCGAUUCAUUGUAUGGAGCUUAGUAUCGAUCAGUGAAUCGACCUGAGGACUCGCAGCAACUUGGAGAGUGAUUUUGCGUAGACUUGGUCGGGCGGGCAUGGUGUAUGCCAUCUUUGAGGUAUCUCGCUUUCACCUUGCCUGAUCGAUUGCUCUUGAGCGCGG